CACACGCCUCUCUGCCUUGACACAAAACAUGUUCAACUAAACUUUAAUGUUCAAAUAAUGCUCCUAUUCUUCUAAUUCUCUCUUUUCCUGGCGUAUUACAACUCGAACAAAAACCUCACCAUCGCUCUUUUUCCUUUUCUUUGCUCUCUUCCUGGAACCGAGACACAUUCCAGUCACUCAUCCAUUUGUCUCUCCCCCCCUUUCCUUCCUCUACAUCUCCCAACGCUAGUUGUCUAGCAUUGGCAUCAUGAUUAAACUACGCGACUCCGGAUCUGCCAACGACAAAAUCGAAAGAAGAGCGCGAACCUUUCUUUGGCUGGCGAUACUGAGUUUCUUCUCAGCCAUCUUCUGCUUCCGCCAUCUCCUCUACACCUCAUGGACGCUGGCCGCCCUCCCACUUCACUGGAGGGCCCAUCGCGAAAGUUUCCUCCUCUCACAAGAACGAGAUGACUUCGACGUCACAUUUUCCAACUACAGUAUAAACCAGCUUUCGGCUUCCCCUUAUGAGGACCUCGUGCCCCCCGUUUUACACCACAUCGCCCUCGGCAGACAUGGCACGCAAUGGAGGACAGAGUGGAAGGAGACCGUUCAGAGCUGUAUCGACAUCCACCCCGGCUGGGAAACUCACGUCUGGACAGAUGACACUGCCGCUCAAUUCGUCGAGGACAAGUUCCCCGACCUCAAGGAGAUGUGGGACAGUUACACAUACCCCGUUGAACGAAUCGACGCUCUCCGCUACAUGCUCCUCUAUGAAUACGGCGGCGUCGUGCUGGACAUGGACCUCAAAUGCACUCGCGCCCUCGGCCCUCUUCGACGAUUCAGUUUCGUGGCGCCUGAAGCUCAUCCUGUCGGCUUCUCCGUUGGCUUCAUGAUGUCCAGCAGGCGCAACAGUUUCGUCGGCGAUAUUGUCAACAACCUGGCCACUUACAACAAGCACUGGCUGGGCCUCCCCUACGCGACUGUCAUGUUCAGCACGGGCUGCCACUAUGCCUCGGUCAUCCACGCCGCCCAACCUGACCGGAGCAGUCUGAAGAUCCUUCCCGGACCGAUGCACAGCCUCAACGGGCGGGUAACAACCCCCAUAUUCGAGCACUUGGGAAGCUCAUCCUGGCACUCGUACGACGCUAGAUUCAUCACGUCGCUGGGCCGGAGGCUGCACCAGGUUGUGUUCUUUUGCGUGGGCGUCGCAGUGACACUGUUGGUCAGGAGGAGAUUAAUUGUGCGGAGAGUAUGGUGUAAUUGCAUGGGUGAUCGGUCGCUCGUAUAACAAACACAACCACAAAUCACAAUCACAAAAACACGGACACACAGCACACAGGUGCACAUAGGGCAACAGGCACAACAUACGCGAGGUUAUGUAGGGUCCAGGAGAUAAGGACCUCCCGCGUUUUCUUUUUCGUUUCUUUUAUUUCUUCUCAUGUUUCACCAUGUACAUCUAUAGUUUGGUUAGUUGUAUUUCAGUAAUACCCGUUAAUAGAGCCUUGGAAUAUUUUUUUUUGUUUCAAUCUAUUCAAUUCAGCCUC